UUAUAUUUCUUGUCAAAGUUAAUUUCUCCUUUUACCUUCAGUCAUGUUUCACACGUUUACAAAAGAAAGGAAAAUCUGCCUUAUUUACACUCGGAUGUACACGAAAUGAGAAUUGCGGUAGCAUACCAGUAUACACUUACGUGUCAAAGUUGAGUAGUGGUCAACAGAUACAAGAAUGUGAAGAAUGCUGCGGUAUUGAUCGAUGUAACAAAGACCUAUGCAACCACAAAACCCCACCCCCUUGCAGCGAUAAUAUGGAAAACUGUGCAUUCUGGAACAAAGAUUUUGACAUCUGUGAAGAUAUCCAUAAAGCUAAGUUACACUGUCGUAAAUUCUGCAAAUUGUGUGAUCUAGUUGAUGGUAACUGGGCCGAUUGGUCAUCGUGGUCAUCAUGUGACGUCACAUGCGGUCAUGGAAAACACUCUAGAAUUAGAACGUGCACCAACCCUGCACCUGCAUACAAAGGUCUGGAAUGUAAUGGAACCGACACGGACUUUAAACCUUGUACUCGACCUUUAUGUCCAGUUCAUGGGGGCUGGGCGGAAUGGUCAAGCUGGGAGCCGUGCCCUGUUACUUGCGAUAUAGGUAUACAGAAAAGACAUCGUAAAUGUACUAACCCGUCACCACUACGACAUGGUAACCAUUGCUUUGGUGAAUCUAUGGAUGUAAAAUUAUGCAAGCAAAAGCCAUGUAAUGAAUUAAACGGAGGUUGGUCUGCAUGGAGUACGUGGAGCACUUGUAGCGUUUCUUGCGGUGACGGGUUCAAGACAAGGUCCAGAUCAUGCACAAAUCCAGAACCUGGAAUUAACGGAAAACAUUGCGUCGGAGAUAAUAUGCAAGUAGUUACCUGUAACAAGGAGGAUUGCCAGCUAGACUCAAGUGUGAUUUUUAACGCCUACUCCGGAGCUCAAUACAGUCCACGAAGCGGCCAAACUAUGAUCUUUUCUGAAACACUAUGGAAUGAGGGAGUAGCGUAUAACAAUUCAACUGGAAUAUUCACUGCCCCUAAAGUUGGAACGUAUAUCUUUUACGCACAAAUGUGUGUACCUAUUGGUAUCUAUAUCUAUUUUGAUAUAAUGGUCGAAUCAAAAGUUUGUGCAACUACCUACGGAUACCAAUCCGCCAGCGGGCAUUGUAAAUCGACACAAGCGAUUGUUAAGUUAAUGGCCGGUGAAAAAGUAUUUGUCAAAUUGAAUUCUAAACAACAAUAUUAUAGAAAUUCUCCGAUUAGAUCCUCACCAUACUACAGGAAUUUUUUCUCUGGAAAAUAUUCCAACCCGUAAUUGUUUGAACGAAAAACCGAUUUUAAAAAGCUAUAAUAUAUAUGCAUCAAAUAUUGCAAAUAAUUCAUAUGUGGAUAAUCCAAGUAAGAGUUCAUUUAAGCUUUAUUUAUUUAUUUUGCGGUUAACUUGAUAUUUUUGUAUGUUUAUAUCAUAAUUUUGUUUCACAUUUUAUUAACCCCGCCGAUGGAAUCGGGAGGGUGAUAUUGUUUUUGAGUUGUCCGUCUGUUCUUCCAUCCAUCCGUCUGUCCUUCCGUCCGAAUUUCGUUUCCGCGCUGCAAAUACUGGCUGGAAUUCAACAAAAAUUGAUGGUAACCAUCAAUACGAAGAGGAAAUGCGCAUAUCGUGUAUCGGUCCGACUCUUCAACACAGAAUUAUGGCCCUUAAUUUGUAUAUAGAGCAAUAAUAGUUUCCGCACCACUCCUCUGCAAAUACUGACCGGAAUUCAAAGAAACAUUAUGGGAAACAGCAACAGAGGAGAUACGCAUAUCGUCGCCUUGUUUCGGUCAGAUCGCUCAACGCAGAGUUAUGGCCUUUGAUUUGUUAUGCAAUAUGAAUGUACAGCAAUAAUCGUUUACGUGCUAUUUCUCUGCAACUACUGGCUUGAAUUCAAUGAAACUUUAUUGAAAUCAUCAAUACUAAGAGGAGAUGAGUAUAUCUUUACCUUGUUCAGGUCAGACCUUUCAACACAGCGUUAUUUCCCUUGAUAAGUCAUGAAGUAUUCAUAUAUAGCUAUAUUGGUUUUUUCUUUGUAACUGAUGUAUGAUUUCAAUAAAACUUCAUGGGAACCAUCAAUACAAAACUGGCAUAGAAAACCCACUAAAUUAUAGAGGAAUAACUUUUAUUAAUAUUCUAUCAAAAAUCUACUCUCAAAUUCUGUUAAACCGCUUGACUAACUGGACUCAAACAAACGAAGCAAUCAUUGAAAAUCAAUUUGGCUCGCAGGCAGAUUAAUCAACAAUUGAUUGCUUUUAUAAUGAAAACUGGAAUAGAACACAAAAACAUAUAGCAAAACACUCUCUAUAUGCACUUCAUAAU